AUGUCUGGAGUUCGGAAUGACUUAAGACGAAAACUAAGGCACCCGACAUUGAAUUCAAAACUAAAUGAAGUAAGUUCUCUUCGUGAAAUAACAUUAAUCGAAGAUGCAAAAUUAUUGGUUCGUGGUGCUGUAUCCGGUGUAACAUGCGAUUGUAAGACUAAAUGUGGGACGAAACAUUGUCCAUGUAGAAAAGUAGGAGUGGGGAAAUCGAAAUUUCGAGUUCGCCUGAAAGAAUUUUUACAUGGACAAGCUUUGGUUGGACAUGUAGAUUCACAAUUACAAGUUGAAGCGCCUAAAUUAGCAUACUCUUUACAUGCUUAA